AUGGUGCAAACUCGGUCUUCAACACGUAACUCGCUCGACAGCGAGGAGAACAACACAACCCAUGGAAAUGCCCUCCAGCACCACAAAACCCAAGAAGAGCCGGAAUUCAACGAGCUAACGACAGGGAGACGUUCCAUAAAGAGAAAAUAUUCCGACGACGACCCCGACGCUGAUGAGAAGAAGCCGCAAAAGAGGAAGCGAAUCCCCAGAGGUGGCCAGCGAAAGACUCAUGUCUUCCACAUCCCCGUUCCAGAUCCAGAGGACCUAAAGGUAAUCCGCAGAAACUUCAAGCGGCUGCAGAACCGCCAGGUCUGGGGUGUUAUCCGGGACCAUUUCUCUGCUCUUGAGAACCUCUGGAUUAAGAAGUAUAAGUGGAAUAUGCCGACGACCAGGACUGAGCUGGAUUACGGGUUGCUUGUCCGGAACAUUUGCAAAUAUCGGCAUAUACCUAGCUCUAAUGGGAGGACUUGCGACCGAUGUUCGGCCAGGGGCCAGACAGGUUGUCUGCACAACGGAGUUGAUAGAUGCAAAGGCUGUGUCCGGAACGGCGUGCAAUGUACAGUUACAAACAAGCGCAGUGCACAAACUCGGAUUCUUCGGGGGGACCUGAAUGCCAACGAACCCUUGUCAGAUCCAGGUGCGCUUGUGACAUGGUGUACCCCCGACCAGCAGCCGCCGUUGCCAAAGGGGCCGGCAAAAAGGCAUCGUAGUGAUGCUGGUAUCGAUGACGAAGUGAAAGAAAGACGUGUAGCUACGGCUGGUCCCUCUACCCAAGUCCCUCAACAAGACUCUGUUGGUCGUGCCCGGGGGAAUCUGGCCAUGAGGAAUUCACAGCAACUUCCAGUUCAGCAGCAGAACCCCACAACCUUUUUCGAAAACGGAUCGUACACGAAUAACCCAUUCGCUGACCCACAGCUCUAUCCAGACGAUACCUCUUUCGAGAACCAGCAGGGGCUGCCAUUUGGUGGACAAUAUCAGAUGCAUCCCGAGUACCCCAUGCCGCCAGACUCAACAGGCUUCAAUCUUACUUUCGCACAGUACGAUCAGGGAAACAAUGGACUUGGACUACAGCCACGGUUUUCUCAGCUCGGCCAUGGGAGGCCGUUUAUCCACGACCGGGAAAUCGUGAUGAAUGCGAUCAUUGAGCUUCGUGCUGAAGUGCAGAGACUCGGCGGCAACACCAGUAUUGCUGCAGACCUGGUGGCACUGGCUCCUAUCCAGCGUGCCCCUGCUACUUUGCAAGGCCCUGCCCCUUUUCCUUCUCGCCGGCAGUCGCAGUCUGCAAAUACAGCUACAGCUUCCCACAGCAACCCUGUCACCCCUACCUCUCCGCUGUUCGAAAGCACCCUGGAAGAUGUAACGCCAACAUCGAGUGGGUUUGACUAUAACACCCAGCAUCAAAGCCCGGGAUCAGGGCUUUUGGAUACGAAAGUGCAUCGGCAAUCACCAACGUCCGCUGGAUUUGAUCAUAACAUCCACAAUCAGACUGACACUUCGUCGUUGUUCAAUUCUGCCGCACAUAAUCUAGGACCAACCUCGGCACCAUCACACAAUAACAUGUCGCAUCAAGGUCCAGCACAGCCGUUCUUCUCAUCACAAUUCGAACUGCAACCGGAAUUCACUGUCUUUCCCUCAAACUUCCAGCAAUUCGGACAGCAGCCCUCAGAAACCCCUAUCGACCCAGGCCUACUGGAAUAUCCAGACUUUCUGCAGCUCAACACCGAAAAUACAUCGAAUGGAUCUCGACUAGAGUCCUAUGAUGUCAAUGGAGAAGCUAUCCCCGCUCUUAAACUGCAGGGUACAGCGAGGAUGUCACGACUCAGUGCAGCUGCCAACCCUGAACCCAGCGGCAAUGGAGAUGAGGCAGAGAUAGCCGGCCGCGAUACUUCGCUGCGGUCGACGAAAGAAAGGUUGCGUGGGCAUGCCGAAGAGGUCUUGCUCGAGGAAGAGCAGGAUUCUCCCCAUAACCCCCUUGAGGAAGGCUGGCCUGCAGAUGGUCCGGUGCAAUUUGGCAAUAUGAAUGGUAACGACGAUAAUGACUUUCAGCCUGUGCUAGAUCGCGACCCACCGAAUGACUCUCUUAUUCUCGAACAGUUCGAUGGCUUCAUUGCAAUGUUUUAG